CUCUGUUGCCUUCCUUUGGUCUCUCUUUCAUUUUCCAUUUCCCUUACUUCAUCAUCACAAACUCCUUCAACACAAUAAUUAACUUUUUAAUUUCACAUCACCGGAACAAAUUCAAUUUCGCGGCGACUUUUAGAUCGGAGAAAUUUUAAUGGAUCUGAGUAGAAGAGUUUCACGCAUUUUCGCGGCGGUUUUUAUUUUGACGAUCCAAGUUGUUUCCGGUAAUUUCUUAUUCAAUGUGACUCAUAAGUUCGCCGGAAAAGAGAAACAGCUCUUCGAGCUCAAAUCUCACGACAGCUUCCGUCACGCUCGUAUGCUUGCCAACGUUGACCUUCCUCUCGGUGGUGAUAGCCGCGCCGACUCUAUCGGUUUAUACUUCACAAAAAUCAGGCUUGGUUCACCACCAAAGGAUUACUAUGUUCAAGUUGAUACAGGAAGUGAUAUACUUUGGGUUAAUUGCGCGCCGUGUCCUAAAUGUCCUGUGAAAACUGAUCUUGGUAUACCUUUAUCAUUGUAUGAUUCUAAGGGAUCCUCGACUUCGAAGAAUGUUGGCUGUGAGGAUGAUUUUUGUUCGUUUAUUAUGCAAACGGAGACUUGUGGGGCGAAGAAGCCUUGUAGUUAUCAUGUUGUGUAUGGAGAUGGAAGUACAAGUGAUGGAGAUUUUAUUAAGGAUAACAUUACAUUGGAUCAAGUUACUGGAAAUCUUCGAACUGUACCCCUUUCGCAGGAAGUUAUAUUCGGGUGCGGAAAAAAUCAAUCUGGCCAGCUUGGGCAAACUGACUCAGCAGUUGAUGGCAUUAUGGGGUUUGGACAAUCAAACACAUCUGUUAUUUCACAACUAGCUGCAGGGGGGAGUGUGAAGAGAAUUUUUUCACAUUGCUUGGACAAUGUAAAUGGAGGUGGAAUUUUUGCUGUUGGGGAAGUUGAAUCACCAGUAGUGAAAACAACCCCUUUGGUUCCUAAUCAGGUACAUUACAACGUCAUUUUAAAGGGACUAGAUGUGGAUGGUGACACUGUUGACCUUCCACCAAGCCUAACUACUUCUGGUGGCAAUGGAGGAACCAUAAUUGACAGUGGUACCACUUUAGCUUACUUACCAGAGAAUCUGUACAACUCACUAAUUGAAAAGAUUACUGCUAAACAACCGGUGAAACUGCACAUGGUACAGGAAACUUUUGCAUGUUUCAGUUUCACUUCAAACACAGAUAAAGCAUUUCCGGUUGUCAAUUUUCAUUUUGAAGACUCACUCAAACUUUCUGUUUACCCGCAUGACUAUCUUUUCUCGCUUCGUGAAGACAUGUAUUGCUUUGGUUGGCAAUCUGGUGGAAUGACGACUCAGGAUGGAUCCGAUGUAAUCCUUUUGGGAGAUUUGGUACUUUCAAACAAGUUAGUAGUAUAUGAUCUGGAGAAUGAGGUCAUUGGAUGGGCUGACCACAACUGUUCGUCAAGCAUCAAAGUAAAAGAUGGAUCAGGAGCGGCUUACGAGCUCGGAGCAGACAAUCUCACAGCGGGUUCUUCGGUGAUGAACGGAACACUUGUAACGUUAUUGUCGAUACUAUUUUGGGUUUUCCAUUCUUUUACUUCAUAGUUUUGCUUAAGAGAAAGAAGAUAAUUGGUUUGAUUAUUUGAUUCAUUUGAUCCUUUUGUGGAUGUGAUUUGGCUUCUUGGAUCAUGUAAUUUACAUAGACAAACUACUCAUUCUUUGUUGUAUAAAAUAUAUGUACUGUUUUGGUGAACUCUUUGGCUGUAAUUAUCUUUAUUUACUA